GUGACAACAUUUUUCUAACAAUGUCCAGUAAUCCACCACUUCCGAAUACGCUUUUAUUGUAUUAGGUUUCAACCGGAAGUGGCUGUUACAAUCAGAUGCGUCAUCUUGGAGCUGUCAAACAGCACCGAGUGAAUGCUUUAAAUGUAACAUAUUUAUAUUUUCCACAAAUAAAUGUUGUAUUUGUAGCCAUUUUAUAGCAACCUAACCGAAGUAUAAGCGAAAAUGGAAGAGGGCUAAACUGGCAACACGACAUUGUCAUUUUCGUGGGGUUGGUUUGGCAACUUUGACCCAUGGCGAGGUCAGCCGGCGGCUGCCUGUAAUUCACCGGGCUCACGUAGGUCGGUUUGCGGGUAGUCUGUCCAGUAGCGCUACCGGAGUCGACCGACGGACGACAAGCUCGACCUUGAGGACAUCGCCAUGGAUUUGACGCGGUUGGCGGUGGACGCUGGUCAGUUCAUCAACCGGGCUGUCCAGUUUACGGGAGAGAGUCUUGGCCAGGCCGACAAGACUGAGUUGGACCCCGGUCUGGAGGAGCUCCUGACCAGGGCGGACGCCACCAAGACUUGGACAGACAACAUCAUCUCACAGACUGAGGCCAUGCUGCAGCCCAGCCCAGCAGCACGGCUGGAAGAUCGACUAUACGAGCAUCUGGACUGGCCUGCUCCCCUUCGUCCCCAUGCACAUGAAGUCCUUGGAGACCAAAUGACUCAAGCCGGAUUAGAGAUGGGGACCAACACCCCUUAUGGAACUGCGUUAAUGAGGUGUGGUGAGGCUCAGAAACAGCUUGGCGAGGCCCAAAGACACUUUGUCCAAAGCACCAACAUCCACUUUCUCACUCCACUCCGCCGCUUCAGUGGAAGUGAAUACAAAGCCAUACAGGAGGAGUGCAGAAUGUUGCUGAACAAACGUUUGGACUUGGACAUCGCCAAGAGCAGACUGACAAGAGCGCAUGAGGCUGAAGAGGAGUCCACAAUUCUGAACUCAAACCAAGUGGAGGAUGACUACUUGUCCCAGAUGUCCUACAUGUUGAGAUUUGUGCGCGUUCGCUGGCUGAAGAUGUGGGCGCAAGAAAUCUCUCAGGCGGAGAUGGAGCUGAGGAUCUGUCAGUCGUUGUUUGAUCGUCAGUCGGAAGUGACGCGUCAACUUCUGGGAGAGCUAAACCACACCCAUAGCAACCACAUGCAGAGUCUGACCGACUUUGUGGAUGCUCAGACGUGUUACUUCGCCCAGUGCAAACAACAUGCCCUGGACCUGCAGAAACAACUGGCGGGCCUAACAGAAAACUGCACACAAGAGAAGACGAGGGAUCCAAUACAAAAGCUGUAUCAACAAAUCUGCAUUUGGAGUAAGUCAUCGCAAUGCUCAAGUUCAUGUUUCCAUAACCUUACUUCGCCGCCUGAGAGGGUUCAACUCAUCGAAAACAGCUCUCCGCAGGAUGCUGCACAGUUCUACGUCACUUUAACCGCAGCUACAUCAACAAACAUGGUUCAUUGGUACAAUCAAAACUGUGAAUUGCUUGUCUCUCCAAAUGCAGGAUUAUUUUAAAUACAGAUUUUGUAUUGGAUUGUGCAGGUGCAGCGGUUGCCCAUUUUGGUUGAGGUCAUCUUCCAUUGUGUGUGUGUGUGCGCGCGUUUAGACGUCAAGAAGCCAAGUGAGGCGAAAAGGAUCACACACACACACACACACACACACACACACACACACACACACACACACACACACACACACAAUCACUUAUGUAGGAGAAACACCUACAAAAACAACCACUGUUUCACAUGACUUACUCAGCUAGUUGACUACUUACUUCGCCAUUUUGGAUGCAUAGAUCACAGAUAAAUAUCCUACAUUUAGCAUGGUCUCACUCGUGGUCACAAAAAGGGCACGUUCACUUUCAAAUAAAUAUACAGCGGAACCACUGUUUGUGUUAUUAAUGUCAAAAAACGGAUGCGAACCAAAUACAUUUUUUUUCCAUAAGCAGUAACGUCAAUAUAGUCAAUCUGUUCCAGAAAGAAAUUUAUAAUUACAGUUUAACAUGCCGGAAACAAUUGGUUAUUUUUGCCUUCAUUGAAGACACGAUUCCAGACCCAAAGAGACAAUGUGGCAGCAAGAUCAACCAGCACCUUCCCGUUUUGCCAUGGGUUAUUUCAUUUCAAAUUCAAUAGUGUUUCUCACAUCAUCAACCCUAUGUUGACAACAUAGCUGACUUCCAGUUUGGGUUGUAUUUUACCAUUAGUGAUUUUGAGUAACCGUGACAGUAUAUUUCAGUACAGUCGCCCACCUGUCACACUUUCAGCCUUGCGUUAAGGCAUAUAUUUUGUGAAGAACUGUUUUGUGCAUGACAGCAGCUUAUGGUUUGCCAAUCAAUAUUUAAGCAAAAGCUUAAGAGUGCCUCAUUUGCUUGUCGCCCUACUGCUAUACAUACACUGUACAUAUAUACAGUAAACCUCUGAUAUAUCGGAUUCAAUUGUUCCCACUGGUUUUGUCCGAUAUAAGCGAAAUCCGUUAUAUGCGUUUACCGGAAAAUGUCCGUUUUACGCAUAUAUCGGAUUCACGUAUAUCCGGUAUAUGCGUAAAUGGGAUUUUAUCCGUUAUAAAAAGGCACUUCCUUGACUAUGUUUCCAAUGUACCUGGACGCGCAGGCAACGCUGCAAACGCUGCAAAUGACGUCGUAUAGCGGCCUGUCACGAUUCGGCGAAUCGGAGCGCCACGAUGCGGCCAUCCGAUAUAUGCCAGGGAAAUUUCAUGGAAAUGCAUUGGAACGGGACUGGAGAUUUUGUCCGAAAUAGGCAAAAUCCGUUAUAAAAAAUCCGAUAUAUGCAAUGAAUUUUUAUUGGAAAUGCAUUACAGAAAAAUUGGUUCUUUUUUUAUCUGUCCGUUGUGAGCGAAUUUCCGAUAUAUCCGAGUCCGAUAUAUACGAGGUUUACUGUACAUGUAUACAGUGAUAUGAAAAGGUUUGGACACCCCUGGUAAUUUUCAAGAUUUUCCUGAUAAUUCACUGGUUGUUUGGAUCAGCAAUUUCAGUGAAAUAUAUCAUACAGCAGACAAACACACUGAUGUAUGAGAAGUGAAAUGACGUUUAUAGGAUUUACAGUGCAAUAAUUAUUUCAAUAAAAGUAGGCAGGUGCUCUUGUUGUUUUAUUGAUUUGAAUAACUUUCACACAAAUAUUUGUUUGGUAAGCUGAUUGACCCUUAACCUGCAUAAACAGGUGAAGGCAAUCUUUAGAAAUGGUAUUUAAGGUGGUUUAAGGGUAUUUAAGGUUAAGUUGUUCUCCUCUUUGCAUCUUCUCUGAAGAGUAGCACCAAGGUAGCCUCA